AUGGGGGAGCUGAGGGGGGCGUCCGGCUCCGGUUCGGUGGUGCUCCCCGCGGGGAUGAUUAACCCUUCGGUGCCGAUCCGCAACAUCCGGAUGAAAUUCGCAGUGUUGAUUGGACUCAUACAGGUCGGAGAGGUCAGCAACAGGGACAUCGUGGAGACGGUGCUCAACCUGCUGGUUGGUGGAGAAUUUGACUUGGAGAUGAACUUUAUUAUCCAGGAUGCUGAGAGUAUAACAUGCAUGACAGAGCUAUUGGAGCACUGUGAUGUAACAUGUCAAGCAGAAAUCUGGAGCAUGUUUACAGCCAUUCUACGAAAAAGUGUUCGGAAUUUACAGACUAGCACAGAAGUUGGGCUAAUUGAACAAGUUUUGCUGAAAAUGAGUGCUGUAGAUGACAUGAUAGCAGAUCUUCUAGUUGAUAUGUUGGGGGUUCUUGCCAGCUACAGCAUCACUGUCAAGGAGUUGAAGCUUUUGUUCAGCAUGCUUCGAGGAGAAAGUGGAAUCUGGCCAAGACAUGCAGUAAAAUUAUUAUCAGUUCUUAAUCAGAUGCCACAAAGACACGGUCCUGAUACUUUUUUCAAUUUCCCUGGUUGUAGUGCUGCGGCAAUUGCUUUGCCUCCUAUUGCAAAGUGGCCUUACCAGAAUGGCUUCACCCUAAACACUUGGUUUCGUAUGGAUCCAUUAAAUAACAUUAAUGUUGAUAAGGAUAAACCUUAUCUUUAUUGUUUUCGUACUAGCAAAGGAGUUGGUUACUCUGCUCAUUUCGUUGGCAACUGUUUAAUAGUCACAUCACUCAAGUCCAAAGGAAAAGGUUUUCAGCACUGUGUGAAAUAUGAUUUUCAACCACGUAAGUGGUACAUGAUCAGCAUUGUCCACAUUUACAAUCGAUGGAGGAACAGUGAAAUUCGGUGUUACGUUAAUGGACAACUGGUAUCCUAUGGUGAUAUGGCUUGGCAUGUUAACACAAAUGAUAGCUAUGACAAGUGCUUUCUCGGAUCUUCAGAAACUGCUGAUGCAAAUAGGGUAUUCUGUGGUCAACUCGGUGCCGUGUAUGUGUUCAGUGAAGCACUCAACCCAGCACAGAUAUUUGCAAUUCAUCAGUUAGGACCUGGAUAUAAGAGUACCUUCAAGUUUAAAUCUGAGAGUGAUAUUCAUUUGGCAGAACAUCAUAAACAGGUUCUAUAUGAUGGGAAACUUGCAAGUAGUAUUGCCUUUACAUAUAAUGCUAAGGCCACUGAUGCUCAACUUUGCCUGGAAUCAUCACCAAAGGAAAAUGCAUCAAUUUUUGUGCAUUCCCCACAUGCUCUCAUGCUCCAGGAUGUGAAAGCUAUAGUAACACAUUCAAUUCAUAGUGCAAUUCAUUCAAUUGGAGGGAUUCAAGUGCUUUUCCCACUUUUUGCCCAACUCGACAAUCGGCAGCUCAAUGAUAGUCAAGUGGAAACAACUGUCUGUGCUACUCUUUUGGCAUUCCUGGUUGAACUACUUAAAAGUUCAGUAGCCAUGCAAGAACAGAUGCUGGGUGGAAAAGGCUUUUUAGUCAUUGGCUACUUACUUGAAAAGUCAUCACGAGUUCAUAUAACUAGAGCUGUCUUGGAGCAAUUUUUAUCCUUUGCAAAAUACCUUGAUGGUUUAUCUCAUGGAGCACCUUUGCUAAAGCAGCUUUGUGAUCACAUUUUAUUCAACCCAGCCAUCUGGAUACAUACACCUGCAAAGGUUCAACUUUCCCUAUAUACUUAUUUGUCUGCUGAAUUUAUUGGAACUGCUACCAUCUACACUACCAUACGCAGGGUAGGAACAGUAUUACAGCUAAUGCACACGUUAAAAUAUUACUACUGGGUCAUGAAUCCUGCCGACAGUAGUGGCAUUACGCCUAAAGGAUUAGAUGGUCCCCGGCCAUCACAAAAAGAAAUUAUAUCACUACGAGCAUUUAUGCUACUUUUUCUGAAACAGCUCAUACUAAAGGACCGAGGUGUCAAGGAAGAUGAACUUCAGAGUAUAUUAAAUUACUUACUUACAAUGCAUGAGGAUGAAAAUAUUCAUGAUGUGUUACAGUUACUAGUGGCUUUAAUGUCAGAACACCCAGCCUCAAUGAUACCAGCAUUUGAUCAAAGAAAUGGAAUAAGGGUGAUCUACAAAUUAUUGGCUUCUAAAAGUGAAAGUAUUUGGGUUCAAGCUCUGAAGGUUCUAGGAUACUUUCUGAAGCAUUUAGGUCACAAGAGAAAAGUUGAGAUUAUGCAUACCCACAGUCUUUUCACUCUUCUUGGAGAAAGGUUGAUGUUGCAUACAAACACUGUGACUGUCACCACAUACAACACACUUUAUGAGAUCUUGACAGAGCAAGUGUGUACACAAGUUGUACACAAACCACAUCCAGAGCCAGAUUCUACAGUGAAAAUUCAGAAUCCAAUGAUUCUUAAGGUGGUGGCAACUUUGUUAAAAAACUCUACACCAAGUGCAGAACUUAUGGAAGUUCGUCGUUUAUUUUUAUCUGACAUGAUAAAACUUUUCAGUAACAGCCGUGAAAAUAGAAGGCAAGUCACUUAUGAAGCACAUAAGGAAUAUCUAGCCAAAAUGUAUGAAGAAUAUCAAAGACAAGAGGAGGAGAACAUUAAAAAGGGGAAAAAAGGGAACGUGAGCACGAUCUCUGGUCUUUCAUCACAGACAACAGGAGCAAAAGGUGGAAUGGAAAUUCGAGAGAUAGAAGAUCUUUCGCAAAGCCAGAGCCCUGAAAGUGAGACAGAUUACCCUGUCAGCACAGAUACUCAAGACUUACUCUUGUCAACAAAAGUGUCAGAUGAUAUUCUGGGACAUUCAGAUAGACCGGGAAGUGGUGUACAUGUGGAAGUUCAUGAUCUUUUAGUUGAUAUAAAAGCAGAGAAAGUGGAAGCAACAGAAGUAAAGCUUGAUGAUAUGGAUUUAUCACCAGAGACUUUAGUAGGUGGAGAGAAUGGUGCCCUUGUGGAGGUCGAAUCUUUGUUGGAUAAUGUAUAUAGUGCUGCUGUUGAGAAACUCCAAAACAAUGUACAUGGAAGUGUUGGUAUCAUUAAAAAAAAUGAAGAAAAGGAUAAUGGGCCAUUGAUAACAUUAGCAGAUGAGAAAGAAGAACUUCCUAAUAGUAGUACAUCAUUUCUCUUUGAUAAAAUACCCAAACAGGAGGAGAAACUUCUUCCUGAACUUUCUAGCAAUCACAUUAUUCCAAAUAUUCAGGACACACAAGUACAUCUUGGCGUUAGUGAUGACCUUGGAUUGCUUGCUCAUAUGACUGGUAGUGUAGACUUAACUUGUACAUCAAGUAUAAUAGAAGAAAAAGAGUUCAAAAUCCAUACAACUUCAGAUGGAAUGAGCAAUAUUUCUGAAAGAGACUUAGUGUCAGCAACUAAGGGGUUAGAGUAUGCUGAAAUGACUGCCACAACUCUGGAAACUGAGUCUUCUGGUAGCAAAAUUGUACCAAAUAUUGAUGCAGGAAGUAUAAUUUCAGAUACUGAGAGAUCUGACGACGGCAAAGAAUCAGGAAAGGAAAUCCGAAAAAUCCAGACGACUACUACCACACAAGCUGUUCAGGGUCGGUCUGUCACCCAACAAGACCGAGAUCUCCGAGUUGAUUUAGGAUUUAGAGGAAUGCCAAUGACUGAGGAGCAGCGGCGCCAGUUCAGCCCCGGUCCACGUACUACCAUGUUUCGGAUUCCUGAGUUUAAAUGGUCUCCAAUGCACCAGCGGCUUCUCACUGAUUUGUUAUUUGCAUUAGAAACAGAUGUACAUGUUUGGAGAAGCCAUUCUACAAAGUCUGUAAUGGAUUUUGUCAAUAGCAAUGAAAAUAUUAUUUUUGUACAUAACACAAUUCACCUCAUUUCCCAAAUGGUAGACAACAUCAUCAUUGCUUGUGGAGGAAUUUUACCUUUGCUAUCUGCUGCUACAUCACCAACUACGGAAUUGGAAAAUAUCGAAGUGACACAAGGCAUGUCAGCUGAGACAGCAGUAACUUUCCUCAGCCGACUGAUGGCUAUGGUUGAUGUACUUGUGUUUGCCAGCUCCCUAAAUUUUAGUGAGAUUGAAGCUGAAAAAAACAUGUCUUCUGGAGGUUUAAUGCGACAGUGCCUAAGACUAGUUUGUUGUGUUGCUGUGAGAAACUGUUUAGAAUGUCGGCAAAGACAGAGGGACAGGGGGAACAAAUCUUGCCAUGGAAGCAGUAAACCUCAAGAAGUUCCCCAAAGUGUGACUGCCACAGUAACUUCAAAGACUCCAUUAGAAAAUGUUCCAGGUAACCUUUCUCCUAUUAAGGAUCCCGAUAGACUUCUUCAGGACGUUGAUAUCAAUCGCCUUCGUGCUGUUGUUUUUCGGGAUGUGGAUGAUAGCAAGCAGGCACAGUUCUUAGCUCUGGCUGUUGUUUACUUCAUUUCGGUUCUGAUGGUUUCCAAGUAUCGGGAUAUACUAGAACCCCAGCGAGAGACUGCAAGAACUGGAAGCCAACCAGGUAGAAACAUCAGACAAGAAAUAAAUUCGCCAACAAGUACAGUUGUGGUCAUACCAUCUAUCCCUCAUCCAAGUUUGAACCAUGGAUUCCUUGCCAAGUUAAUCCCUGAGCAGAGCUUUGCCCACUCAUUUUACAAAGAAACACCUGCUGCAUUUCCAGAUACUAUAAAGGAAAAAGAAACACCAACUCCUGGUGAAGAUAUUCAGGUAGAAAGUUCAAUUCCUCAUACAGAUUCAGGAAUUGGAGAGGAACAAGUGGCUAGCAUCCUGAAUGGAGCAGAAUUAGAGGCUAAUACAGGCCCUGAUGCCAUGAGUGAACUCUUAUCUACCUUGUCAUCUGAAGUGAAGAAAUCACAGGAGAGUUUAACUGAAAAUCCCACUGAAAUGUUGAAGCCUGCACCAUCCAUAUCUAGCAUUAGUCAAACCAAAGGAAUCAAUGUCAAGGAAAUAUUGAAAAGUCUUGUGGCUGCCCCAGUUGAAAUUGCAGAAUGUGGCCCUGAACCUAUCCCGUAUCCAGAUCCAACAUUGAAGAGAGAAACACAAGCUAUUCUUCCUAUGCAGUUUCAUUCCUUUGACAGAAGUGUGGUGGUGCCUGUGAAGAAGCCUCCUCCAGGUAGCUUAGCUGUAACCACUGUGGGAGCCACUACUGUUGGAAGUGGACUGCCAACAGGCAGUACCUCUAAUAUAUUUGCUGCUACUGGAGCUACACCAAAAAGUAUGAUUAAUACAACAGGUGCCGUGGAUUCAGGGUCCUCCUCCUCUUCCUCCUCUUCUAGUUUUGUGAAUGGUGCUACCAGCAAAAACCUUCCAGCUGUACAAACUGUUGCUCCAAUGCCAGAAGAUUCAGCUGAAAACAUGAG